AUGUCUCAAACAAGUACAAUUUUGGUUUUGUUUCUUUUCUUUCUCUGUAAUGAAUAUUCUCAUGCAGUAAACCGAACUUAUUUAAUCAAAAAAGAUUUAAUUAGUGGUUUGAAAGGUGGAGAAUUUACAAUUUAUGAUACCCAAGGUAAAAAUGCUUUAUUUCGAAUGGAAUCGAAAUUCGGUGCGACACAUAAUGUGAAAUUAUUUCAAGGUUUAACAAAAAAAAAUCCUAUUGGUUUAUUAAAAGCAAAGAUUAGUGUUGUUUUAUACAAAGGAACCAUUGCGAUUCUUAAUAAAAAUCUAAAUCAAUGGAAAAAUGGAACAAUCAAUCAAAAUUAUAAAAUUGUUGGAAAUAAAUUCACUUUAAAUUAUAAUUCAAUUGAUUUAACAAUGGAAGGAAAAGCAGCGUCAUUAAAUACAACUUUUAUUGAUCAAUCAAAUAAAGAAAUUUUAGCAAAAUUUCAUAAAAGAAUUUCAUCAUUGUUUUGGAAAAAUAAAUAUGAUUUACAAGUUUUAUCAAAUAAAAUUCCUGAUGAAUUUUAUUUCUUAGCAAUUGCUGCAAGAGAUCAUACAAAUAAAAAGAUUCAUUCCGGUUAA